UGACAUGCCCAACUCGCGGUCUAGGUCCCGGCGAGGCGCCGGGGGUGGCUCCGGGGCGAGCGGCCGGGACGAGCUGGUGUCGCGGUCCUUGCAGAGCGCAGAGCACUGCCUCAGCGCCCAGGACUUCGGCACCGCCUAUGCUCACUACCUGCUGGUGCUCAGCCUUGCGCCAGAGCUCAAAGAGGACGUGAAGGAAACUUUUCAGUAUACACUCUUCAAAUGGGCCGAAGAACUUUAUGCUCUCAGUCGGAUACAAGAUUUACUUGGUUGCUACGAGCAGGCUUUGGAACUGUUUCCUGAUGAUGAAGUUAUUUGCAAUAGUAUGGGAGAACAUCUCUUCAGAAUGGGCUUUCGAGAUGAAGCAGCAGGUUAUUUUCGUAAAGCAGUGAAGCUAAACCCUGAUUUUAAUGAUGCAAAGGAGAAUUUUUACCGUGUUGCAAACUGGUUGGUGGAACGUUGGCACUUUAUCAUGCUUAAUGAUGUUAAGAGGAAUAUGAUUUACAAUGCAGCAAUCCAAAAGGCAGUUCAUUUAGGAUACAAAAGUGUUUUGGACAUUGGAACAGGAACUGGAAUACUAAGCAUGUUUGCUAAAAAGGCUGGGGCACAGUCGGUGUAUGCCUGUGAGUUAUCCAAGACCAUGUAUGAACUUGCCUGUGAUGUAGUGGCAGCAAACAAGAUGGAAGCAGAGAUCAAACUCUUACAUAUGAAGUCACUGGACAUAGAAAUUCCAAAACAUGUUCCUGAAAGAGUGUCCCUAGUUGUAACAGAAACUGUCGAUGCAGGUUUAUUUGGAGAAGGAAUUGUGGAGAGUUUGAUUCAUGCAUGGGACUAUUUACUUUUGCAGCCAAAGACUAAAGGUGAAGAUAGUAGUUGUGAAAACUGUGGAAAAGUUAUACCAGCAAGUGCUGUUAUAUUUGGGAUGGCCGUAGAAUGUGCAGAAAUAAGAAGACAUCAUAGAGUCGCUAACAAGGAGAUUGCAGGUAUCUGUUUGCCAACAAAUGUGCAGUUUCAGAGUCCAGCUUAUUCUUCUGUAGAUUCUGAAGAAACGAUUGAACCUUAUACAACCGAAAAGAUGAGUCGAGUUCCAGGGGGAUAUUUGGCUUUGACAGAAUGUUUUCAAAUUAUGACCAUAGAUUUCAACAAUGUUCAGGAAUUAAAAAGUCUUGCAAAUCAAAAACCUGCUAAGAUGGAUGUUCCUGUUACUAAAGAAGGCACACUAGAUGCUAUUGUGAUUUGGUUUGUACUCCAGCUCGAUGAUGAACAUAGUUUAUCCACAAGUCCUAGUGAAGAAACCUGUUGGGAACAGGCUGUCUACCCAGUACAGGAACUUGCAGACUACAGGAUAAAACCUGGGGACCGUGUGAUGAUGGAAGUGUCUUGUCAAGAUUAUUACUUAAGAGUCCAGAAUAUCAGAGUCUUAGGUUUGGAACAUGAGAUGGAUGGUGUGAAAAGUUUUUCCAAGAAUAAAGAGUCACCAUCUUUGGGAAAUGAGGCUGACCUUUGUAGUGCCCUAGCUAACCUUCAGACCAGCCAGCCAGAUUCUGGAGAGCAGACGUGUGUAUUGGAGACCACCGAAAUUGCUUUGCUUAAUAACAUCCCAUAUCAUGAAGGCUUUAAAAUGGCAAUGAGGAAAGUGUUGUCUUCGUUGACUCCAGAGAAACUGUUACAGGCAAUGGAUACUCACUGUCAGAGUGAUGAGGCCAACUCUGGAAGUGGACAGAAAGAGAGUUCCAUACAGAGUGGACCUGACCCUCACUAUGUGCUAGAUGUGUCUGAAGGUUUCUCUAUUCUGCCUCUGAUUGCUGGCACACUUGGGCACGUCAAACCAUACAGCUCUGUGGAGAAAGACCAGCAUCGCAUCACUCUAGACCUCAUUUCUGAGGCCAAUCACUUUCCUAAGGAAAUGCUCGAGUUUUGGCUGAGGCAUGUGGAGGAUGAGUCUGCUAUGCUUCAAAGGCCCAAAUCAGAUAAAUUGUGGAGCAUAAUCAUACUGGAUGUCAUUGAACCAUCUGGGCUUAUUCAGCAAGAAAUAAUGGAGAAAGCAGCAAUAUCCAGGUGUUUGCUACAAUCCGGAGGCAAGAUCUUUCCUCAGUAUGUAGUGAUGUUGGGGUUACUUGUAGAAUCACAGAUAUUGGUAGAAGAGAGUGCUGUUCAAGGAACAGAACGUACUCUUGGAAUAAAUAUAGCACCUUUCAUUAACCAGUUUCAGGUACCGAUCCGUGUAUUUUUGGACCUCUCAUCCUUGCCCUGUGUUCCUUUAAGCAAGCCUGUGGAACUGUUAAGACUAGAUUUAAUGACUCCCUAUUUGAAUACCUCCAGCAGAGAAGUAAAGGUUCACAUUUGUAAAUCUGGCAAAGUGACAGCCAUUCCAUUUUGGUAUCAUAUGUACCUUGAUGAAGACAUUUGGCUGGAUACAUCAAGUGAAACCUCCCACUGGAAACAAGCUGCGGUGGUUUUAGAUAGUCCCAUCCAGGUAGAAAUGGGAGAGGAACUUGUACUCAGUAUCCAGCACCACAAAAGUAAUGUCAGCAUCUCCGUAAGGCAAUGACUGGCAGUGUAAUGACAGACUGUUCAGUUAAAGCAGCAAGAAAAAAUUAUCUGGUCUGAAUUGAUGGAAUUGUAAUUAAAGUGACGUAUACAAAUCCAAUCUCUUGUUACGGUCAGAUAUUUUUAACAUCAAUAAACUUACUUUAAAAG